AACCAUCAACCGUUUUCUUCAACAUUCAGUUGCUCUUUGUUUUAUUCUCACCUCUUUCUGUCUUCCAACCAUAACCCACCAAAAAUAGCGACAGCUACAGUAGAUUAAAUCACAAAGAUGAGUCGUUUUUGGACUUUGCUCACACACGUUCAUUCACUAGCUGGGCCGGUUUUGAUGUUGUUGUACCCCUUAUAUGCAUCAGUUUUAGCUAUAGAAAGCCCGUCGAAAGUGGACGAUGAGCAGUGGCUUGCUUAUUGGAUCUUGUAUUCAUUUCUGACUCUUACGGAGAUGCUACUCCAGUCAGUUUUAGAGUGGAUACCAAUUUGGUACACGGUGAAGUUACUGUUCACCGUGUGGUUGGUUCUACCACAAUUCAGGGGAGCAGCUUUUAUUUAUGAUAGGUUUGUAAGACAGCAGAUAAAGCAGUACACAGAAGGCAAAGUUCAGCAGGAUCACAAGCCUCCGGAAUGCAAAGGCAAGGGCAAGAAAAAGUCUGUGGACUUCAUUGUACCAAAAAAAGGAGAGCAUUGAGAAGCAACCUGAAUCGCCCUUGGCUUUUUAACGCGUGGAUCUUUCGGUGUUUAUAUAAAUGAAAACUUUAAAUCCGUGUAGAAUAAGUUAAUUACUUUUCUUAAGGCUUUUAUAUGAAGUCUGCAUUUGUCAGCAACAAUGGACCCCUUGAUAUUAAGUUAAACUACCACCAACAUUUCAUUUUCACACUAGUUUAACUGAUGGCGUUCUUGCAAUUUUUUUUAAAUGUAUUUUUAAGAUGUUCUAUAAAAUAGCUCAUGCCAUGAAUGAGUAUCAAUAUUUAUAUUGUC